CGCUUGGCCACUGCCUCCUGGGAGUCCUGCGCCGCGCGGCCGCGUUCCUAGGGCCUCGUAGGCUCCUGCAAGACUCCAGCAGGUUUAAAGACAGAGAGGCGAGCGCGGGGACGAUGGCAGUGCCCUGGGAGGACUAUUUCCGGCUGAUCUUGCAGGAGAAGCUGUCCCAGAAGACACCAGAGAAGAGUGUGGGCCACUUCCCACCUGUGCUGCGCCUCCUGGAGAAGAGGAAAGAGCUGGCAGCUGCAGACCAGGGUCUGCAAGCCCAGAGGGAGGUGAGCUUCCUCUGGACCAUCCUGAGCCUUGCCUUCCUCUUCUUCAAGAGGAGAAUCAAGAGUUCCACACCACGAUGACAGCCCUGGAACAGCGCUGGGCAGAGCUGGUACAGAAAGAGCAGCAGCUCAAGGGGUCCUUUGUCCGCUUUGACAAGUUCCUGCAGGACGCCGAGAUCCGGCGCGGCCGCGCGCUGCAACGGGCGGCGGAGGAGCGACACCGCGCGGACCGCCAGGGGGCGGAGGCGCUGCGGCUGCGGGCUCAGCUCCAGGAGCUGCGGCGGGAGCGCGCGCGGCUGCAGCGCCGGCUACAGAGGCUGGAGCCGUGCGCGCGCCUGCUGGAGCGAACGCUGGAAAAGCUGCCCGAGUUCCAGGAGGUCCCAGAGCUGGUGGCUCGUUUCGACACCCUGGCAGACACGCAGGUGGCCCUGAGGCUCACGGAGCGAGAGCGGCUGGCGGAGCUCGAGGCGACGCGGGCGCAGCUGCAGCGGCUGCGGGACAGCGAGCAGGACGAGCUCCUCGCGCAGGCGCAGCGGCGAGCAGAGCUGCGGGAGCGAUUGGAGUCCGCGCGGGAGCGCGCGCUGGAGUGGGAAUCUAAGUGGAUUCAGAUCCAGAACACUGCAGCGGAGAAGACUCUGCUCCUGGGCCGCGCGAGGAUGUCAGCGCUCAACCUGUUCCAGACAGUGUGCCAGCACCUGAGGCAGCCACCAGCCCUGGACAUUGAAGACACUGAGGGGCAGCUGGAGCAGGUGAAGCUCUUCAUCCUGGACCUCUCUGCCAUGCUGACCAGACAUCGCCAGCCUGAGCCUGUGGCCACCACCUCCCAGCCCUGACCCAGGUGCACGGUGAUCGGGAGCUGAGGGACCCAGCCCUGGGAGGAGGUCCCACGCUCACUAGGCUCACUAGGGGUGCAGGCUCCAGGCCGCCCUGACCUGUUUUCCCAGGAGGAAGACGGAGCUGUGCCUGCCCAGGCCGCAGUGUCUAGAUUCGUGUCUGGUGUGAUCAAGGUGGACCAGCAAGGGGCUGCAGGCAAUGUGCGGGGCACCCCCUACCCAGAAGCCGCACAUCCAGAGGCCUGCAGCUCUGUACUCUGCCGGGGACAGGCCAUCCUGAAGGGCAGCCACUGGAGGCUCCUGACUCUCAGAACCUCAACAGGGUGACAGGAGCUCUGAGCAGGACAGAAGCAGGAUGGCUCUGACCUCUCACAGCCAGAGGGCAGCAGCUGGCCUUGUGGCCCUAGCUCGCCUGUCCUGAGCCCACACAGGCAGCUGACUCCCCUCUGAGCCAAUAGAGCACCCUCAGGGGACCCAGGUGGCAUCACAUGGGGCGUACACAAACACUCUCAACUGCCACAUUAGCUUCGCGACCUGUGUCUUCCCCUCGUCUCCCCAAGAAGACUCCACUCUCAGGUCGAGCAGAGGUACUCAAUAAAGGUUUAUCAUGUUGAAAACCA